AUGCGUCUGCUUCAAGUAGCCACAGCAGCCUCCUCUUUUGGAGUUGCUGCUGCCGCCGCCCUUCGAUCUUCUCAGGUUUCUGAAAAUGCUUGCUCCAAUUCUAUCUUUACCGGCGAGAUCCUGCAUCUCUCUGUCAACAUCAUUGAGUACCCCGUUAUUGUUGAUGUUGAGCUAAAGGAGAAUGCUGUCGUCACUAUCGACAAUACCAUUCUCAUUGAAUGCACUAAUGCCCCGACUCACCUGCACACAACGGUCUAUGCAACCGAGAUCGCCACUGUGACCAAGACUAUCUCCACCGCUACUAUUACUGCUCAGCAGGUUGCCGCUGCUUCGGAUGAGGUCACUCGUACCGUCUUGACUCAAGUUGGCGCAAAGGAGACUUCCGCCUCGGAUGCAAGCACUCGCCCUGUCCUGACUGAGGUCAGAACUAAGGGAAACUCCAAGCCGACUGACGCCAUUGCACCCGUAGCCGGUGGCUCUGCUGUCGGAUCCGGGGUUAACACUGCUCUUUACACUGCCUCGACUUCAAACACUGCCGUGCAUACACUCACGAAGACCACGGUCCACCAUGGUACCACUGCAACCAAGACCUACACAGUCACUGCUGCCUCCACUACUGCCACCCUUGCUGCUGGCGAAUGGACUGACUGGACCAAGUUCAAGGCCAAUGGUGUCAACUUGGGAGGUUGGCUCGAGUUGGAGAAGGUCUUCAACCAAUAUUGGUGGGAUCAGUAUGCCCCGGAUGCCGAUGAUGAGUGGAGCUUCUGCAAGUCUCUGGGCUCUCGCUGUGCCUCGGUCAUUGAGCACCACUAUGCCUCUUAUAUCACGACCCAGGACAUUGACAAGAUGGCAAAGACUGGUGUCAACAUUCUCCGCAUUCCGACAACCUACGCUGCUUGGAUCAAGGUCCCCGGCUCUGAGCUGUACCACGGCAAUCAGAAGGAGUACUUGAAGAAGAUUGCCACCUAUGCCAUUGAGAAGUACAACAUGCGCGUCAUUGUUGGUCUUCACUCCCUGCCCGGUGGUGUCAACUCUUUGGAUAUUGGCGAGGCAAUUGGCCACGAUUCGUGGUUCUUCAACAGCACCAACUUGGCAUACUCCCUGCAGGCAGUUGACGAGGUCGUGAACUUCUUUGUUGAGACCGGAUACCCCUGGGCUUUCACCUUGGCUCCUAUCAACGAAGCCUCCGAUAAUCCGACCAAGUUCGCUUCCGCAGAGACCAUGACUACCAACGGUACUGCCUGGGUUGUUCGCUAUGUCCAAGGUGCUCUGUCGCGCAUUGCCCGCGUGGACAAGCGUAUCCCGCUCAUGCUUCAGGACUGCUUCCUCGGCGAGGAGCACUGGUCUCCCUACUUCGCCACCGGCACCAAUCUGGUGAUCGAUACCCAUGUGUACUACUUCGCCGCCUCCGGUGUCUACUCCCAGUGGGCCAGCGGCGCGAUCUGCGGUCAAGCCUCGGUGCUUGGUGGUGAUGGCAAGUUCCCCGUUUUCGUUGGUGAGUGGGCUCUGCAGACGCUUUACAGUAACACCUUCUCGAACCGUAAGACGCUGUUUGACACCCAGCGCUACGCUUGGAGCUACUAUGUCCAGGGUGGCACCUUCUGGAAUGCCAAGCACAAUAGCAGUGCCGUUGUUGAUGGUCAGGGUACCCAGAGGGAUUACUGGUCAUAUGAGCGAUUGAUCGAUGCAGGUGUGAUCACUCGUGCUGCUUCCAAUGUGACCUAUUGUUAG